UCACUUAGUUACUAUUUGAGUCCGCCAGAGUAUGCACUAUUUGUACCUAUUGUAGAAACAAACAUUAAGAAAGAAUAAAGAGAGACUUGUAAUGGCUACUGCGUAUCGGUGCGGUUAUUUUAUUCAUAAAGAAACUGGAAAAUAUUAGAUGGUGUCAGAAGUGGGAUUUUUAUUCCCAAUCAUUGGAAUUCAAAAGUUGCGUUGCUGAUAUUGCGUGUAAUCGUCGAAUGCAGUGAACAAAUAAUUAAUUGCUGUUAAUCAAGUGAAACAAAAAUCACUCGAUUCGGAGUAUCAAUAUGGCGUCGAUGGAAUUGCGUGUGCCUGUUCCAUUAGACUGUGCCAACUUGGCAGCCGAAUGGCCAAAAUGGAAGCAAACGUUCCUAAUCUACAUGAUUGCUAAUAGAAAGGAGACGGAUUCAGAGCAAAGUAAAAUCGCAACAUUUUUGUGGUUGAUUGGACAACGAGGAGUGGAAAUAUUCAACACCCUGUUCCCUAACGAUGUAAGUCUUGAUGGAAUGUUCGGUAGUGGUGAAAAUGAUGUUAUUGUUGAUGAUGCCGCUAAUGCUGAGGAUGAGGCUGCUGCUGGUGGUGGAGUUGCUGCUGCUGCUGCUGGAGGACGAAAACUGAUUGACGUCAUCAAAGCCUUUGAUGAUUAUUGUUUACCUAGAAAAAACGUCACGAUGGAAGCUUUCAAAUUUAAUAUGAUCUUACAGAAGGAGAAGCAGUCAUUUGGGAAUUUUGAAACCGAGUUACGAACUCAGUUGCAGUACUGCGAGUUUGAAUGUGCAAACUGUCAUGCAUCGUAUGCAGACAGAUUGCUACGUGAUCGGAUCAUAGUUGGAGUGCAGGAUAAGAAAUUGCAGUUGAAAUUGCUAGAUGGAAAAGAUGAUCCUUUGGUCAAGGUGAUCGAAACGUGCAAGGUGUUCGAAGCUGCAGCGGCGAACAAACAACUCCUAGACCGGAAGUGUGUAAAUGCCGAAAUCAAUACGUUGGUUGAAGAAAAAAACAAAUUCAAAACCGCAACAGGUGACAUGGAAGUAGCAGUAGUAAAACGAAGCUGUUAUAACUGUGGUAAUGCAUUUAACGUUCAACAUCUCCGUCGCUGUCCAGCCGUCAACAUCAAAUGCAAUAAGUGUGGCAGAAUUGGACAUUUCCAGAAAUUUUGCAGAUCAGGGGUGAUGGAUACCACUAAUGGUAGAUCACAAAAUAGGGAUGUUAAUAAGAAAACAGUGAAGACUGUCAGAUCAAUUGACUGGCGUGACUCAGAGGAAGUCUAACCGACCAAGUGGUUAAGCGUUUGCGAUGGACAAAAUCGUUUCUAAUCCAGAACUGCCCUGUUACGUUUAAGCUCGACACAGGGUCUGAUAUUAACUGUGUACCG